AUGAAGGUUCCAACAAAAAAAUACGGAUUUGGGGUCGGGAUUAUCCCGAGGGCUGGCUCGGGAAAUGGGCGCCUGGCGUGCGGGGAACGGGCGCCAGGCGUGCAUGGAACGGGCCUGGCGUGCGAGAAACGGGCCGGCGUGGGAGGAACGAUCGCCCGACUUGCGGGGAACAAGCCCGACGUGCGGGGACCGGGCGACCGACGUGCGGGGAACAGGACCGACGUGCGAGGAACGGGCGCCCGACGUGCGAGGAAUGGGCGACGUUCCCAUGAUCGAGGCACGGGGGAACCAGACCCCAUGCCCGAAAUUUUUUUGGGGGCACGGCAUACGGGGAACGGUCCCCCGACGUGCGGGGAAAGGGCGUCCGGCGGGCGUGGAACGGGCGGACGGCGUGGGGGGGACAGGUCCCCGGCGUGCGGGGAACGGGCGCCCGACAUGCGUGGAACGGCGCCGGUGUGCGGGGAACAGGCCCGACAUACGUGGAACGGGCGCCCGACGUGCGGGGAACGAUCUCGACGUGUAGGAACGGGCGCCCGGCGUGCGGGGAACGGGCACGACGUGCGGGGAACAGGAGACGUUCCCCCCGAAAUUUUGCCGGGGGCACGGCGUGCGGGGAACGGGACCCUGGCAUGCGGGGAACGGGCGUCCGACGUGCGUGGAACGGGCGUCCGGUGUGCGGGGAACGGGCCCCCGGCGUGCGGGGAACGUGACCGGCGUGCUGGGAACGGGCAGUCGACGUGCGGGGAACGGGCGACAUUCCCAUGA